UUUUUAAUAUGUUCUUGAUGUAAUUUCCGGGACAUUUUCUUAGUGAAAUCCAUUGAGAAAUAGAGUUGAAUACAGUGGCUUGAAAGAGCUUGAAAUGAGAAUGUGAUUCAUUGAAUCUGGACAAAUGAAUCUGGUCAGUAUCUCCAACAGAUACAGAUUCAUUGAACCUGGACAAAUGAAUCUGGUCACUAUAUCUGACAGAUACAGAUUCAUUGAACCUGGACAAAUGAAUCUGGUCAGUAUAUCUGACAGAUACAGAUUCAUUGAACCUGGACAAAUGAAUCUGGUCAGAAUGUCUGACAGAUACAGAUUCAUUGAACCUGGACAAAUGAAUCUGGUCAGAAUGUCUGACAGAUACAGAUUCAUUGAACCUGGAUAGAUGAAUCUGGACAGUGUGUUGGUGGCUUGGUCUCACUAUAAAUAAUGAGCCUCGACACUUGAGUUGGAGCACGGGAAAAACACAAACACCAUUCUCAUUAUUCUCUCUUACACUCUCACCAUCUACUCCGAUAUAUACACAUAUACAUACUGUUCUCGGGCGAACUGAGGUGUUGAUCGCUGUUGAUCGUACUCGUGUCUGUGAGCGGUUCGGUCUGUGCUGUUUUAUCCUGGGAGCGAUAUUGCGACUACCCAUCACAGCGUAGUGGGGCAAUAAUCACUUCAAGAACAGUCUAGUCUUCAUCGAAGGGCUAGGCGACUCAGCUGUUCUGUAUACUAAUUCUAGCGACGGUGUAAGUAAGCAAGAUGGUUAAUGAGAUUGCGGAUUCUGUUGUUGGUGGUGGUGCUGGUUCUGGGUCUGGUGUUACUAGUAACAUCGAUUGGACUACGUAUCGUUUUCCACAGCCCAUUGAUUUAUCAGGUAUUCCUGAUAAAUUCGGUGGGGGAGUUUCUUUUUCUCGCUGGCAGAAAAAGAUGAAACUGUGGCUUACGGUUAAGGGUCUAUGGCCGGUGUUGCAGUAUGAGAAACCAGUUGUGGUACAGGAAAAGGCUGAAACCCUUAAGGCCUAUGCUAUGUGGGAGGAAAAGGAUGGGGUGGCUAGGGCUGCUAUUCUAGCAGCCUUAACGAACACUCUGUUCGAUGUUUACUCAUCUGACUCCUACACUGCUAAGACCUUGUGGGAGAAACUUGAUCAGACACACAAUACUGACUCGCAAGGGUUGGAAAAGUAUUCUGUGGCUAAGUUCCUGGACUUCAAACUGGUGGAUACAAAAUCCAUGACUGAGCAGGUGCAUGAGUUUGAGACGUUCGUGCAUGCUAUAUUGUUGUGGUUUCGUUGGCCUACUCUUGUUUAUAUAAUAUAACUGCUCUAUACAUUG